AUGGCGUUGUCUCCAACCCUACCGCACCAGCUUCUCUGCGACGAGCUGACUGCAAGGCGUCUGGGACAUGUGAGAAAGCCGAGGGCUCUCCUCCCACACAGGGCCGGAGAUGGGUGGCACGGCCGCAGCCGCCGCCCAUUGGCGCAAGGCCGCAGCCUGGUCCCUGCGGCAGUGGCCAUGUGGAGGACUACGCUUCGUUCUCGUCAUCAGAAGCGGAGGCGUUCGCGCUGCGCUGCAAGAUGCAGUCCGUCAAACAGUGGCGAGUCAGACAAAGCGGACGAAGAGGCUAUCGCAACGGGCGUCCCGCGCCUUCCGCUCGACACAUGGCUUGAGCAGGUCAAGCUGCAUCAAGACCUGGCGAAGGACAUUGAAGAAAAGUUCGGCAGUGUUCCUCAACAGGCCAACGAGGUGGUGCAGGAUGUCGUGAUGCGCAUCCAGGAAGGUGCGCAACAAUGUGUCGCGCCGGCGGCCACAGCGCAUCCCUUCGGCUCAACGGUAAACGGAUUCGGCGAGGAAUCAUCUGACCUAGAUGUGCUCGUGGCCAUUGAUGAAGAGGAGCUCACCUACUACAUGAGCUAUGCCAGCUUUCAGAGUCGAUAUGAAAGGCUGGGCAGCCCUCUGCUUUCUGAAGGUGCUUUAUCUGACUUUGUCCAGCCGUCUUUGCUGCUCAAGGCAGUGACACCCAAAAUGGCGAUGACGCAUGCCGUGCAACAGCUGGCGGACUUCUUGCCAGAACUGGGCUUCAAAGUAAGCCAACUUAUCCCACGAGCUCGAAAACCUCUGGUCACAUUGGAAGACACGAAGAGCACGCUGACGGAGGUAGAUGUUUCCAUAAACAACAGCCUUCCGCUCUACAACUCACAGCUGCUACGAGCAUACUCCGAGCUGGAUCCGCGGGUGCGACCCCUGGUCCUGUUGGUCAAGGUCUGGGCAAAAGGCAAGAAAGUCUGCGGCGCACAAGGGGGCAACCUGUCCUCGUACUCCUGGACGAUCAUGGUCUUGUACUUCCUUCAACUGGUGGGGCUGCUCCCAUCUCUCCAGCUGCUCUCCAAAGACGAAAGGAUGCUGGAGACGAGGGACUACUGGGGCAACGAGCGGUCAUUCCAGGUUGGCUUUCUCACCGCUGAGGAAUACCAGAAAGGCGUGAAAAAUGGAAAGUUUGCGGCGCCCGCUGGAGAGGCCGGCCUUUCUUUGGCCGAGCUUUUCUACGGGUUCAUACACUUCUACUCCAAAGAGUACAAGUGGGGCUCUGAGGUGGUUUCUGUGCAGAAGCCCGACCGCAAGGACAGAGGUCCAUGGUUCCUUCUCUUCGGCAAGGCUCAACCGGAGCCGUGUAUACAUGUGGAGGACCCGAUUGAGUUCCGUGACCUGAACAUUGUGAUGCUGAGAGAGCGUCUCGCGCAGCUUAAGGAGGAGUUCGAACAUGCGCUCGAGAUCCUCGCCGAGGGCGGCAGCCUUCAGGAGCUACUGAACCGUGAGCCUCGCCCGGAAGUGAUGCUGGUACCUCGCCGCCGAAAGCUGGGAAGGAGGAAGUACAAGAAGUCCAUUCCCUUACCGCGGUUGCUGCUGGAGAGCUUGCUUCAGCGCUUUUCGUGUUGGAUCGCUGCCGUGCGGACACAUUACCUGGUCCUGCUCUUCUUCACCUUGGUGGUGUACUUUCCGCGCCUCUGCCUGAGUUAUGCGGUCUUCUUUCUGGCCCAGCUCCUUCGGCUCAUCGCGCGCCUCACCGGCGUGGCAACAGGCCGCCCGGUGGCCAACCGCAGAAUCCUGGUGAUCACGGACUACCUUCCGCCCCAGACACACGGCAUCGCCAUCCGCUGCCAUGCCUACAUCAAAGAGAUGCGUGCAAAGGGUCACGAGGUGAUCGUCUUCAGCACAGCCUACGAGGCCAACAAGGAAACGUCCUUUGACCAUCCCAACAUCCCGGCGGUCGUCAACCCUUUCAACAUGAAGAACAGGAUAGGAUACACCCCAGGAGUAAAGCUUGCGUGGUUUCUGGGUGCUCACACCUGGGACGUAGUUCACUUGGUCUACCCGUCCCUGAUUGGCACCUUUGUCUUGUCCACAUGUGCUUGGCGGCGCAUCCCCGUCUACUGCUCGCACCACGUGGAGAUGAACAUGUUUGCCUACAAACUGGUGCCAAUCAGGCCUGUGGCUGAGUUUGGCUUGAGGAUGUAUGACAUGCUUGGAUUGUGGCCAGCCAUCAAGUGGGGCACGCUCAACUCCGCACCUACUCUGUGUUUCGCGCGGGACCACCUCGGCAAGGAGCACGAGGCCAAACUUAGGCGAGUCCCAUCCGGAACGCACAGCACCUUCACUCCAACUCCCGCCUCGAGCACGGAACGAAGGGAUGUCCGAUUGGCCAAGUUUGGUGUCGACAACGAGGAGGAGAAGGUCCUCCUCAUGGUGCAGCGCCUUUCGGCAGAGAAGGGCACCGAGCGCGUCUUUCAGGCCCUAGUGCCCAAGGAGGAGGGCGGUCAAGGUGUCAAGGGCGUCUUGGCAAUAGCAGGCGAUGGACCAUCCAAGGACUUCUUGGUGCAGGAGGCCACCAGGCUCCGCCUGCGUGUGGUCUUCCUUGGAAAUGUACCGCACCAGGAGCUUCCGCAGUUGUACAGAUCUGCGGACUGCUUCGUGACGAUGAGCCUCUCAGAGACCUUCGGCCUGACGUGCCUCGAGGCGAUGAUGUGCGGAUGUCCUGCCGUGAUGCCAUGUUGUUCAGUCUUCGAUGAGAUCUGGUUGGACAAGGACAAGCCGCUGACUCCCAAGGAGUGGCACUACAACAUCGAAUCCACCGAGGAAUUUGCCGCAGCUAUGGCACGUGCUCAAGCUAGUGGCCGAAAGUAUCUUCAGGAACAUCCAGUUCGGAUGACCUGGAAAGAUGCUGCGGAGAAUCUUCUCGAGCAGUACGAGGAGUGUAUCAAGAUGAACCAGAAGAAAAGGGAGACCUUGCGUGAACUGGUUCUGUUCCUGGACCACUGUGUAAGGGUUGCCGUUUGCUCCCUGGCUGCGUCUUGGGUCCUUUGCCGGUACUACUGGCCGGUCGUGAAAGGCUUCGGCCGGCAGCUGGGUCUCGAAGAGUUCAUGCGCUGA